AUGGUGCUCUCUGUUUUUCUUGUUCCUCGGUCACCCUUUUCUGAGGAACCUACAGAGCUCGUGACAAGCGGAUGGCGCCGAAGGCGCCAUCGUGUGAUGGGCGGUGCUUUACAGCUGGACUCUGCAUUAUCUCGUACGGACGCGACCAAUCCCUUGGAAAUGAAGCCAUGGAGAUGCUUUGCGAUGGCUCAGCACGUCGUGUUCGAGUGCCGAUAUAUUCGGCCGUCAAUGAAAACUAUCCCUCCUCCGCAAUACCUGUGUGCACCGACGUCUGGAAAAGAAGGGGUCGAAGUAACCAGGACCAUGUUACAUCCAUUGCCGUUGCUCUCAUCUCAACGACGACGACCAACUUCCUCGACACAUACCUUUGGUAUUGCCCAUGCUCUCAUUUUCCUCCGCUCUGGUGAUGCCUCGGAGCUCAAGAAGGGCUCUUUCUGGAUUGAGGGUACUCGAGUACUUGUCAUGCACACCCAACGGCGCUCUUUACUCCGCGUUCCCACAACGAUUCCACCCCUUACAAGCUCAGUGGACUCACCCUACCGAUGCACUAUCGUAGAAUUCCGUCGUCUGACUCAAGUAUGGCACGAACCACACACCAGCCCAUUGCCUCCUCUCCAACCAACCCAACGACAUGCGGAAACCCUUCCGCAACGCUCUCGCACACGCCAUUCUCUUCGCAGUGGCACCGCUCUUUUCACCCUCCCUCGAAUUUCGAUACCUUUUCUACUAGUAUUCCGACUCGUCCCCUGGGUAGAAAAGCCAGACUUCAUGACACCGUGGUGCCGUAGCCUGGGUAGCUUCGGAGCAGUGAUGAACGAGGAGGGUGGACAUUAG